CGUCGGCUGCGAAUGUCACGGGCUCACGGGCUUGCAAACGUCUCGUGCGGUGGGGGCGCGCUUGCCGGAAGUCAGUGACACUUCCGCUGGGGACUACACCUACCAAAUCGAAUGACAAGACAACUGGAAUGGAGGCGCUGAACAGGAGGCGUGCUCGGGUGGCAUUCAGCUACCAGCCCCAGAACGAGGAUGAGCUGCAGCUGGAGGUGUCAGAUGUCAUUGAGGUGCUUGAGGAGGUCGAGGAAGGCUGGUGGAAGGGUGUGCUCAAGGGCCGCAUAGGUGUCUUCCCCUCCAACUUUGUCGUUCUCGAGGAGGCUACCCCGGCCUCUCCCCGUGCGGUGGCCACGGCGACUGCCAACAACCAGUCGCGCUGGGGAAACUCAGUCACCUCCGAUUUCCACCCAGAAAAACCUGAAUCUUCGGGGGACAUCACAGGUGACCAUUCGCUAGCAUCACUAGAAAUCAAGCCCAAACCCGUCGCCAAAGGCAUUGGAUUUGGCAACAUCCUGCCGGAGAGCCGCAUCAAGGUCAAAAGCAAAGUCACUGACUCGCCCAAUGACAAACGCGCUCUGGGGCCACUGAAGAAACCUGCGCCCCCUGUGCCAUCGGAAACUUCGACAGAAGCCCCUAAGUUGCCUCCAAAGCCGAUACGGGAGCAAGCCAAGGUGCUGUACGCGUAUGAGGCACAGAACGACGAUGAGCUGACGAUCAAGGAAGGGGAUGUGAUCACGGUGUUGACAAAGGAAGUGGAGGACAAAGGCUGGUGGAAAGGGGAGCUCAAUGGCAGAGUCGGCGUGUUCCCGGACAAUUUCGUCAAGCUCAUAAAGGAGGAGGUUCCACAACCUGUAAAACCGGAGCGGCCCGAGAAGCCCCCAGCAGGCAAGAUGGUGGGCAAGCCCGACCUGCCUGACAAGCCUGCCUUCCAGGAGUAUGGCAACAGCUCGGACCGGCCCGUCUCCAAAGUGCCUCCUUUUAAGCCUUCCGAAAUUUCUAAGAAAGCACCAUCAUCGGCCAGCGUGGCAGUGGUGGAAGAGAAAGGCAAGGCACCCGCCCCUCCCCCCGCUACCUGCUUGGCAGCGGCCAAGAAGCCCUUUGUCCUGCAGUCUCCACCCACCUCGGCAAGCCCCGCCCCCAAGAAGCCCCUGCCCCAGUGGCCUGUCCAGGAUGCCGAUGUGCCUCCACCCUCGUCCCCGCCCCCUCUGCCACCUUCCAGCCCUACUCCCACUGCUACACCCACUUCUAGCCCCGCCCUGCCCUCAGUUGCACCUCCCUUGUUGACUGCUAGGAAGACUGAAGGGCAAACAAAAGAGGCUGCUGCGCCUGCCCCUGUGUAUGCCCAAGUGAGGCGAAUUACGGCCAAUGGAGUUGUCAACUCCAAGGAGUCUCAGUCGUCAGCGGCCUCGUCCAGCAAGGAAGAGUACUCUGAAGCGACAUUUGACAGCAUCGAGCCCUCAGAGAACAAGCUGAACCACCCCACUGCCAACCGUGUGCGACCUCCCAUGAACAGGAGGCCUCCCUCGCAUAUAACAAUCGUCAAGGAAAACGGCAAUGAACCAAGUGAGCAGCAGCCAGCUUGGAUGAAGGAUCUUGGAAAGAGGCACCAGGCCAAAUUCUCUAGUCAGCCUACAUUUGAGGGGAAGGACACAAAGAUUGCCAGCAGCCCAGAGAAGGAGCUCCCGAGUAGAAUGUACCCUCAAAAAUCACCACCAUCUGCACACAAGCCCCUGGCUGGUUCCAUCAGAGAAGAAUCAGCUGUGCUGUCCCGGAGCCCAGUUGCCAAGGAAGCUCCAGCAGUGACAGCAGCACCUGUAAUUCUGCGAAACCAGAAGGGCCUGUGUUCAGCUGAAGGCGAUGUUGUACAGGAGCUCAAGAAUGAGCUGAAAUUGCUUCGCGAGAAUUGCGUGCCCAAGGAGGAGCUCACCAGCCUCCAGCACCAGAUCAAUUCUCUGAAAGAAACCGUGGAGUCCAACCGGAACCAGUACAGCAAGCUGGUGCGCGACCUCAUGGCUGAAAUUGACGAGGAGAAGAAGCUACGCAUGACCCUUCAAGUGGAGAUCGACCGCCUCAAAAAGCUGACCCUGACUGUCUGACCCAGUGCUGCUGUCUGACCGGGUUAUGCGGUCGCACCAGACUUGUGCAACCUUCCCGUCUGAAGGCAGAGAGGCCCCCGCACGCCGGCCACCCUCCAGCCAACUUGUCGACUCAGCAUUGCAAGACCAGUGUAGCCCUCUCCCUUCAGAAUCUCGGAAGUGCAUAAGUAUUUGAAUGAGGGUGUAUACAGGCUGCUCCAGGCCAUGUAAAUUUUUAAAGUAUUAAAUUUUACCAAUGAGUGCGUAUUUAUAAAUUGA